UUUUUCUUUAGAUCCAAAAACCCUAAAAUCUGAUUUUAUUAAAUAUUCAUACGGAGUAUUGCAAUCUGCCAGUACAAAACUCUCGUAAUUGUGCUUGCAAUUAUUAAUUUGAUACUUCAAAAUUUAUCUUGGAAAUUGUGAGUUACUAAUUCAGAUUUGUUUUUACUCUUUUUUGUUUUCUUCCGCAAACAUCCUUCCCACGUUAAUGGAGAACACAUCUCCAGUGCUGCCUGCAACCAUGGUUAUUCCGGCAACCCCAACCACAACCUGCGCCUAGUCCUACACCUCCGCAGGUCCCAGCUCCUGGUUCGCAGCCGCUCCCAGCUUCCCCUGCGCAAAGUAAACCACUUUUGCAGCACCUUGCCGGCAACCACCGGCACGUACCUUCUGGUUCGCAGCCGGACUCUGGGUUUGACGCACCACUCACCUUCACGUGGCAGUCGGCUACUACCACGCCCCGCCGUCUCUUUGAGGCUAGCCACACUGAUGCAGCGGCAGGGGUCCUUCGCUCCAUGAGUUUUGGUUCGUACGGAGGAGAUUAUGUCAACUCUAGCUUUUCUAAUCCACCUCACACAGGGUCACAUGCGAUCAUCUUUUGGUGGACCUACAUUCGUUGGCAGUCAGGGACUGUCACCUCCCAUCUCAACGCCAAGUGGUUUCGGCCCUCCCCCCGGUUUUAUCCUUACGGCCCGACCUUGUCUCAACUGUCUGGAAAUUUGGUUAGGGAACAAGGUUUUGCCGCACAUCAGGCAUUCUUGGCAAGUACUCGUUCUGUCUCGAAUAGAUCGGAUAACAACUCCACUUCCUCUACUACAAGGAAUAAUUUUGAGGGAUCCCGUAGCAACAAUGGGAGCCGUGGGGGUGGCAAAGGUCGUGGAAAAGGUCGUGGUGGUCGUGGAAAAGGCCGUGGUGGGGGUGCAAACCAAACACAAGCGCAAACACAAAAUUCAGGAGGUACAGCUUUAUGUAAUUCAGUUUUGUCAUCUGAUAGUGCUGUUGUUGCUCUUGCGUCCUGCGGUACUAACAAUUUAUUUGCAGGGAAUUAUAAUGUAGAGGGUGUGUUUGGUCCUAGUCCUACAAAUAUAGUCUGUCAAAUCUGUUUCCAUCCAGGUCAUUCCGCAGUUGCUUGCCCAUCUCGUUAUUCUCAGAAUUCGAAUGCCGCUCUUGCUAGUCUUCCCGCAGGAGAGCAUAAUGAGACUACUUGGUUUCCUGAUUCCGGAGCAUCUUCUCACAUAACUAACGACCUAGACAAUCAGCUUCUCAAAGCUUCUAGUCAAGGCAGUGUCUAUCCCAUCACCCUCAUCAACCAACCUAGAGAUCGGUGGCUUUUGCGUCAAUCACAGCUCCAGGUCCUACGUGGCAUCGUCGUCUUGGUCAUUGUGGUGAUAGAGUAUUAGGUGCUCUUAAGAGAAAUAAAGCAAUUGUUUGUGCCAGUAGUAAUGUGUUUGAUUGUACGUGUUUCAUGUUGCUUAGGAAAGUCUCAUAGGCUACCUUUCCAGGAUGCAAUACACUCGUUUGAUAAACCUUUGCAAUUAGUUCAUUCGGAUUUGUGGCAAUCGCCUAUUUUGUCAAACCUUGGUUUUAAAUAUUAUGUUUGAUUUGUUGAUGA